AACACGAUAAUUAAUCACUCGUAUUAGCCUGUGUGACGUGUGAGCGCGAUUACACAAUGUCUUCAGAUACAGAUACGCGCGCGCGUAAAAAGAGCAUUCCAGUUGUUCUGAUUGUUCACUCCGUAACCGCGUUUCACAGCCAUAAACAAAACAGCCACAAUUAAGCGGAAACUCGUAUCUCAAUCGUUUAACAGGCACCCCGAUUUUUAUAUCAAAAUUAGUUACCAAAAAGAGAUGAAGUGUUUUAGAGACCAAGGAAUGUAGUGUUGUAUCGGGAGCAUGGGUUGCAGUUCUGGUAAACCAAGACCGGUUGGCGACGCCGUAAUCGAAGUUCCAACACCGAAAAAGAACAGCAACGAGCGGAGCACAAGUUCGGAUCGAUUGAGUCUGCAUAAAAAAACACCUGUCCCAACAGCACGCCAGUGGACCAAACAGCAAGAUCGCUCACCGCCGAGUCCUGUAGAGCGAUUAGAGAUCACAGCUCUCGACCCUCCACCAAAAAACACCCAGAACCAAAGACUCUUUAGCAGUAAACUGAGGCAACCUGACUCCAGAACACCACGGGCCUGGACCACUUCACGGAAAAAAUCCUCGCCAGAUAGAAAUGGAAAUUACGAUAAGAGGAUAAGCGAGGAUGUCGCUAGCUUUGAUUCCGAUAGCGAAUACGGGAAAGAUGGGAUUGAUUUUAUGUCAACUGAGGUUCAAAAUACCGGCGAAAUUCAUAGGCGAGCAUCGCUAGGACAUGAAUCUCACUUGAAUGGUAUUUUAAAUGACAGUUCCUUUCCACAUACUGUUUCAAUUUCACGAAAGGCCGAUGUACUAGAUGAGACAUUCGAUCCGUAUAAACUUAUCGACGUGGAUAAAUUUAAAGCAGCGAACGUGCCCGCCCAGCGAAAGGAAAAACAGACAAAAAACAAUACAACUCUAGAAAUCCCGACACAGAGCAGUGAAGUACGAGGACAGCACAAGCUAGGGGUUGCUACAGACAGCUUCACUGACUUCUAUGAUGACGAAGAGAAAGAUUUAAUGGCCAGCAUAGAACAGGAUUAUAUGCUUUCUCAGAAUACAUCUCUUCCUUGAGCAAUCAUGUGAUUAGCAAGAUUUGGAGAAGCAAGUAAGAUGAUACAUAAUGCCAGCACUCAAUAGAGUAUUGUGAAAUAUCAUUGAUAUAUCAGGAGCAACAAGAAAUCAAUAAUUUACAAGUAAUAAUAUUUUAAUAUGACUUCAUUGAAUACUUACUUUGAAUACAUAGUUUUUCAUUGUAUUUUGGUCAUGUGUAUGAUAUAAUUAAAUAAACUUAAGCAGAAGCAUA